AGAGAGACGCCUCUCUUCAUACCCAAGGGAGUAAAGGCAUCAUUACCCAGUCAGAGGUGACCUGAGAGAAGGGGAAAGAGAUGGAAGAGCAGAACCCAGAAGGACCUGGAACUGGCAAGGCAGCAACUGAAAGCCUCCAUCCCGCUCAAGCUGGGAGUGAUGUUGAAUUCUGGGACUGCCUGGUGCCAAUUAUCCAUGAUCAGCUCACUGCCAUCUCAGAUGUACAUCGCCAACGCUUCCGGCAAUUUCGCUACAGGGAGGCCGAUGGGCCCCGAGAGGUCUGCAGCCAGCUCCAUGGAUUUUGCAGCCAGUGGCUGAAGCCAGAGAGGCGCACCAAGAAGCAGAUUGUGGACCUGGUGAUCCUGGAGCUGUUCCUGACUGUUCUGCCGCAGGCAAUGCAGAGCUGGGUCAGGGAAUGUGGGCCGGAGACCAGUUCCCAGGCGGUGGCCCUGGCCGAAGGUUUCCUCCUGAGUCAGGCAGAGGAGAAGAGGCAGGCAGAACAGAUGUGGACACCAUCCAUGAAGACAGAAGCUACAAUUCCUGAGGCAGAAGGAGCUUCUUUGGAGCAAGGGCAGAGGGCGCAGGCCACGGAGCAGGCCCAAGAUGCCCUCUGCUGUGGUAAAGACCCGUCGUGGCUGGGUGCAACCGUGGCACACUAUGAAUUUGAUGGGGAGAAACUAGUUGUGGGGGGGGGGGGGUAA